CUUUUCUCUGAUGCAAGCGCUUCGUGACCUUGCAGCAAAUACUGUUUCAUUUUCACACGUGCGGAGAUCUUGCAGAGGACGGAUUGCAAGGCUAGUCUGAAUAAAAAUGCCUUCAGUAUCUAAGAAUAUGGUGAUUUUUCAUGGAGCAUUCAGAAGAUGUCUUAUUCCAAAGCGAUUCAAAUCAGACAAAGUCAAAGGACAUGUGGUUGGCAUAGAUUUAGGCACAACCAACAGCUGUGUGGCUGUUAUGGAAGGAAAACAAGCUAAAGUUCUUGAAAAUUCUGAGGGAUCUAGGACUACUCCUUCUGUCAUAGCUUUCACUAAAGACGGAGAGAGACUUGUCGGAAUGCCAGCCAAGCGUCAAGCAGUCACAAACGCUCAAAAUACACUUCAUGCUACAAAGCGUUUAAUUGGUCGUAGAUUUGAGGAUCCUGAAGUUCAAAAAGACAUCAAAACUGUUCCGUACAAGAUUGUUAAAGCAUCCAAUGGUGAUGCUUGGUUAGAGGCUCAGGGAAAGCUAUAUUCACCAAGCCAGAUUGGUGCUUUUGUUUUGACUAAAAUGAAGGAAACUGCAGAGAGUUACCUUGGAACCAAAGUUAAGAAUGCUGUUGUAACUGUACCAGCUUACUUCAAUGAUUCACAAAGACAGGCUACUAAAGAUGCAGGUCAGAUUGCUGGAUUGAAUGUGCUACGUGUGAUUAAUGAGCCAACAGCUGCUGCUCUUGCCUAUGGCAUGGACAAAACAGAAGAUAAAGUCAUUGCCGUCUAUGAUUUAGGAGGAGGUACCUUUGAUAUUUCUAUACUGGAAAUUCAGAAAGGUGUCUUUGAAGUCAAAUCUACCAAUGGUGACACAUUCCUUGGUGGUGAAGAUUUUGACAAUGCACUUGUUAAUUUCUUGUCUGGUGAAUUUAAAAAAGAGCAAGGAAUUGACAUCACAAAAGAUACAAUGGCAAUGCAGAGAUUGAGAGAAGCUGCAGAGAAAGCAAAAUGUGAACUGUCCUCUUCAAUGCAGACUGAUAUCAACUUGCCUUAUCUGACUAUGGAUGCAUCUGGACCCAAGCACAUGAACCUAAAGCUUUCACGCUCAAAGUUUGAGUCUAUUGUUGAAUCUCUAGUGAAAAGAACUGUUGGCCCUUGUCAGAAGGCUUUGCAAGAUGCUGAGGUUAAGAAAACUGACAUUGGUGAAGUUAUUCUUGUUGGCGGUAUGACACGAAUGCCAAAAGUCCAGUCACUUGUUCAAGAACUGUUUGGUAGAACACCUAGUAAGGCAGUAAAUCCAGAUGAGGCUGUAGCUAUUGGAGCAGCUAUUCAGGGUGGUGUGUUAGCUGGAGAUGUAACUGAUGUGUUGCUUCUAGACGUCACUCCUCUGUCACUUGGCAUUGAAACUCUAGGUGGUGUCUUCACAAAGUUGAUCAACAGAAACACAACUAUUCCAACCAAGAAAAGCCAGGUUUUCUCUACUGCUGCUGAUGGACAGACCCAAGUAGAGAUUAAAGUUCACCAGGGGGAGAGAGAGAUGGCUUCAGACAACAAACUCUUGGGACAGUUCACAUUGGUUGGUAUUCCACCUGCACCUCGUGGUGUUCCUCAGAUUGAGGUAACUUUUGACAUUGAUGCCAAUGGAAUUGUUAAUGUAUCUGCUAGAGAUAAGGGCACCGGAAAGGAGCAACAAAUUGUUAUCCAAUCAUCCGGUGGCUUGUCCAAGGAUGAGAUUGAAAACAUGGUCAGAAAUGCUGAGUUACAUGCAGAGGAGGAUAGGAAAAAGAAGGAUUUGAUUGAGGUCCUGAAUCAGGCAGACAGUAUCAUUCAUGAUACAGAAAGUAAGAUGGAGGAAUUUAAAGAUCAACUACCUAAAGAAGAGUGUGACAAGCUUAAAGAAAAAAUUGAAUCUGUCAAGCAAGUAAUUGCAAAUAAAGACAGCAAAACUCCAGAAGAAAUCAAGCGUGAAACUUCUGAAUUGCAACAAGCAUCUCUUAAACUCUUUGAGAUGGCAUAUAAAAAGAUGGCUGCAGAUCGUGAAGGAUCUAGUGGUGGCAGCAGUAGCUCUAGCUCUACUGAUUCAACACAAGGGGAUAAGAAGGAAGACAAGAAUUAAGUCCCCUGCCCUGUAUAGCUGUUAACAAAUGGAUGAACCAUUUGUUUUGUUUAUGAGAAACUGAUCCAUUUUUAUCUGCAUUUUCACAUUAAUGCAUGUAGUAUGAUAGAUUUUGAAAGAUGAAUGAGUGAUGUGAAACUUUUGUACAUUUUAUAAGCUGAUAACUGAACAAUAUUGGUGCAGAUUGAUGUAUAGUUUAAAAUCUGGUGAUGUGUCACCAUAAAAUCAUUUUAAACUGUUACUUGUUAAUUUUAAUAUAUGUUGUAAUGACCAUGAAUAUGAAUAUUUCCUUUAGACAGACUUAAAUUGCACUAGAUAAACUCAUCAAUGUUUGUUAGAUCAUUAGCUAAAUCGAGCAUGUAGAUUUAUGCUCAAUGUUUGGGCAUUUUCUGAAUAUUUCGUUUUCAGCCAUUGUGAAGAUUUUUUUUUUUUCUAAUCAUUGUGAUAUUUAAAGAAAUAAAAUUGUCCAGAUGUUUGGGUUCA